UGCGUCUCCAAGUGCGCACGAACAGUCUGCAGCAGCAGAGCGCCGCAGACCGCCUGCCAGGCAUCUGGCUGCUCUGCGUUUAUUUCUGGAGGCGCUGCUUUUCGCACAAUCACCCCCAACAGGUGGAUAAGUCGACUGGGCAGGAACAUCGGUUAAAAAACACCCUAGAGGCAAACUGGGCGCGCUGCUGAACCAGCUGUAAUUCUCCGAGGAAACUUCCUCUGCUGUUAUUUUCGUCUCCAGGAUUUGAAGCGCGGUGUGCGCCAGGGACUGUGUUUGUCUCUCAAAUUAGACCAAAUGGAAGUCGUGAUCAAGACUGACCGAAUCUGGAUGAGCAAUCGGAAGACCGUUAAGUCUGCAGAAAUAAGAGGGAAAAAUGCAGACUAGACUGAAAAGCAAGAAAAAGACGGACUCUCAUUGAGGAACCAACAUAGGCUAUAAACGCGCAGUCUGCAGACUCGCACUGCAGUUCCACCUCGGGGGAUGCUUGAUUCAAGUUUAUUGAGGCUUUUUUUUUUCUCGGUGAAGAACAUCUGCUGUAUGUCCUCAUGUGUCCCCAGGAUAUCUUCCAAAGGAGUAAAACUACUCUCCAUGAGCGACGCACCAAUGCCCAACAAUUAAAAGUGUGAACUCCCUCAGCCUGGCAGCAGUUGUAGCCGUGUUAAGGGUGCUGGUAAGCUGAAGCCCGGGGAGAUGUCACAACUCUACUACCGGCGGACUGACAGCUCCUCUUACCGGGACCGCAUCCCGCUGAGAAUUGUGCGAGCUGAAUCGGAGCUGUCGCCUUUGGAAAAAGCUUAUCUCGGAGCUGUGGAGAAGGGGGACUAUGCUAGUGUCAAACAGGCUUUGGAGGAGGCAGAGAUCUAUUUCAAGAUCAACAUCAACUGCAUCGACCCCCUCGGCCGCACAGCUUUGCUCAUUGCCAUCGAGAACGAGAACCUGGAAAUUAUUGAACUCUUACUGAGCUUCAAUGUCUAUGUUGGUGAUGCUCUGCUGCACGCAAUCCGCAAAGAAGUGGUGGGAGCUGUGGAGCUGCUGCUAAAUCACAAGAAGCCCAGUGGGGGCAUGCAGGUUCCUCCCAUCUUAUUGGACAAGCAGUUUUCCGACUUUACCCCUGACAUCACUCCCAUCAUCCUCGCCGCACAUACCAACAACUAUGAAAUCAUCAAGCUCCUGGUGCAGAAAGGCGUGUCUAUGCCACAGCCACAUGAGGUGCGCUGUAACUGUGUGGAGUGUGUGUCCAGUUCAGAUGUGGACAGCCUGCGGCACUCUCGCUCACGCCUCAAUAUCUACAAAGCGCUGUCGAGUCCCUCACUGAUCGCGCUCUCCAGUGAGGACCCUUUCCUUACCGCGUUCAGGCUCAGCUGGGAGCUGCAGGAGCUCAGCAAGGUGGAGAACGAGUUCAAAUCCGAGUACGAGGAGCUAUCCCAGCAGUGUAAACAGUUUGCCAAGGACCUUCUGGACCAGACGAGAAGCUCCAGAGAGCUGGAGAUGAUCCUCAACUACAGGGAUGACAUCAACUUAUUGGAGGAGGAGGGCAACAAUGACCUGGCAAGACUCAAACUGGCUAUUAAGUACCACCAGAAAGAGUUUGUUGCUCAGCCAAACUGCCAGCAGCUUUUGGCGUCCCGUUGGUAUGACGAGUUCCCCGGCUGGAGACGCCGCCACUGGGCAGGAAAGUUCCUCACCUGCGUCUUCAUCGGUCUUCUGUACCCCAUGUUUGCUAUCUGCUACCUCAUCGCUCCCAAGAGUCGCUACGGCCUCUUCAUCGGCAAGCCCUUCAUCAAAUUCAUCUGCCACACGUCAUCUUACCUGACUUUUCUGUUCCUGCUGCUCCUCGCCUCCCAGCACAUCGUCACCACAGAGCAGGACAGGCAGGGCCCUGCACCCACAACAGUGGAGUGGAUGAUCCUGCCCUGGGUGCUGGGAUUCAUCUGGGCAGAAAUCAAACAGAUGUGGGAUGGCGGAUUUCAAGACUAUGUCCAUGAUUGGUGGAACCUCAUGGAUUUUGUCAUGAAUUCUCUGUACCUGGCAACCAUCUCCCUGAAGAUUGUAGCCUACACCAAGUACAGUGGUAGUAAACCCAGGAACCAGUGGGAGAUGUGGCACCCAACAUUAGUGGCAGAGGCCGUGUUUGCAAUUGCCAACAUUUUCAGUUCCCUGCGCCUCAUCUCGCUCUUCACUGCCAACUCUCAUCUGGGGCCGCUGCAGAUUUCUCUGGGGAGAAUGCUACUGGACAUCCUGAAGUUCCUCUUCAUUUACUGUCUGGUCCUGCUGGCCUUUGCUAACGGGCUGAACCAGCUGUAUUUUUACUAUGAGACGAAAGCUUCAGAUGAGAGAGGAAAAUGCAAAGGUAUCCGCUGUGUGGAGCAGAAUAAUGCUUUCUCCACAUUAUUUGAGACACUGCAGUCCCUCUUCUGGUCAAUCUUUGGUCUCAUCAGUCUCUAUGUGACCAACGUGGACGCAGACCAUCAGUUCACUGAGUUUGUUGGGGCCACCAUGUUUGGCACCUACAACAUCAUCUCCCUGGUGGUGCUUCUCAACAUGCUCAUAGCCAUGAUGAACAACUCCUACCAGCACAUCGCAGAUCAUGCAGACAUCGAGUGGAAGUUUGCCAGGACAAAGCUGUGGAUGAGUUACUUUGAAGAAGGAGCCACACUGCCGGCCCCGUUCAACAUCAUCCCCAGUCCCAAAUCAUUCUGGUACCUCGUGUGUUGGAUCAAGAGACAAGUGUGCAAAAGGGCCAGAUCCAAGCGGCCUGAAACCUUUGGAACUCUUGGAAGGCGAGCAGCAGAGAACUUGAGGAUUAACCACCAGUAUCAGGAGGUCCUGAGAAAUUUGGUGAAACGUUACGUGGCCGCAAUGAUCAGAGAUGCCAAGACUGAGGAAGGCCUGACCGAAGAGAACUUCAAGGAGCUGAAACAGGAUAUCUCCAGUUUCCGUUAUGAGGUGAUGGGCAUGGUGAAAACAGGGACGCCGGCUCUACAGGGGGCAAAGGCGAGUGGAAGCUCGGCGGAGUCUGCCCUCGCUUAUCCCAACUCCUCCCUCAAGGUUUCUGUAAGUCCUCAGAGCAGCCAGACCAAAAGCAAACUCAACCGAUUCAAGAUGACCGCGUCCAUCCUCAAACACUGCAGCUCUGUAGCGUCACCGAGGCCCCCUGAAGCCUUCAACGGCCUGCCCAAUGGACUCCUAUCGGUAGCAUCAGACGAGAGCCCCAGUGAAAAGGCUAGCCAGAGGAGAAACUUUCCCAAAGAUAUUACUGACUUUGGUUUGUUCCAAAAACGCCACGGGGGUGGUAGUAAAGACGAAUGUGGUGCAGGAGAGAUUCCUAGGAACAUGUACUCUUUGUCAGAGGAAGCAGGGGACUCAGAAGCUGAAAGGAAAGAAACAGGUAAAGAUGAAAAGGAACUCCUGGGGACAGAAAAAGAAGAAAAGGAUGCUGCAGAUGAGGCCAGUACUGAAAAUAACGAGGAUAAAGGUGAGGCAAGAGAAACAGAAGAAAAGGACACAGAAAGUUUGCCCAGCAGUGACUCAGUAGCUGAGGGAUGUUUGUCGGAGACGUCCAGAGGGGAAGAUUAAUACAUGAUGAUGGAUGAAUAGGCCUUUAUGUGGAUUAAAGAAAGACAGACUGACAAUCAAUGUGAGCUUAAAGUGUGGAUGCCACCGUUCGUUUGGAAAGAGUCUUAACUUUUCCAGUUAUUACUAACUGAUGAUCAGCUCUGAUCUGUGGAGACUCAGGGAGGACUUUGGUUCAAGUGUUUUUAAAAUACUGAUAUAUUAGCAGCGGAGAUGCAGUGAAGCGAAUCAGAGCUCUGUAUUAGCAUUGUGAGGAUUUGAUUGUAUGAUAAAGUCUUUUCAUCGUCUCUCAACCCUUACAGAUGGGUAGAAAAUCAUUAUUUUCCUAAUCUGAUCAUUUUACUCUUCUUAAAUCGUCUAUUUCUCCCAGUCCCACGGUAGCCUAUAGGGGCAAAGUGGUACAGAUCUUUCCAUUUGGAGAAACAUGCUGCAAAUUCAGAAUUGAGUUAACAUUAGAUUUAGAAGUUUCUAAUGUGAAUCUUUUCAGACAUUGCAGCAUGUUUGCCCCUUGUCAGCCACCAUACAUUCCUUUUUCUACAUGUGCCCUUGUUAUCCAUCAUUCACUGAACUACAUCAGUCUCUCUCUCUCUACCUCUUUUCCUCCUCUGUUUAUCUUUACACUGCUUAUCUCUCUGCAUUUGUAUCUCUAUACAGCAAUAGAUGUGUUCAGUUUUAGACCUGACUCUCUGCCUUACUCUUGUCUGUUUCUGCACUUUACUCGCUUUACAGUAUCUCAAAGUGUGUCUUCUCUAAUCAUGCAGCUACAAAACAACAACUCUCUCUCAAUGUUUUUCUAUGCAAAAACCUGGGAUUGUGGUCCCUAUUAUUCUGAAGGGGAUUAUGGUACAUUUAACAGGCAACUAAUUCAUGAUAAACAUUCUCGUAUGUUGUUUGCAUUGAGCCGACUGUGAAAGACAAUGCUGAGAUACAAAGUAGGAAGUUCAACCCAACAACCUUUAAAGGCAACAUAUUAUUCAUGUUUUAUCAAUUCUACGAAAGAAUUAUAUUUUAUUUUGAAGAAAUUUGCUGUUUGAAAUUGUUAUCAUUAGAUGUCAUGUUAGUUUGAAUGACUAAUGUUUUAGAGGUAAAAACAGUAAAUCUACAAUAAAUGAAAUACUUAUUUGG